GUCAGCCCAUACAACUUUUUAGUUUCUGGUUUUUGGCUAGGUGGCAUUCUUCAAUCGCUCAGGUUCUGAUAUCAAGUUUUAUUACAAAAAGAAAAAAACGAAAAACAAGAGGGUUUUAGAAGGGUUUAAGGUGUAACUUCAAUUUUCUUUUCAUUUCAAUCACUGUCUCUUAUGAAACUCUCAUGAUUGCCCGCCAAUUUCAUUAUAUCACCAAGCAACGGUCAACAAUUUUAAGAAACUUGAUCUCAUCUAAACAUGUUCACCAGUUACUCGACGAAAGUCCUUACUCAAACCCAACCUCCCUUUCCGCUGUUAAUCACUCUCUGCCCACUUUUUUGCGUGUAAAUCUCCCCUUUGACGCCUUCAAAAAGCUCAAAGAACUCCUUAAAUCAGGCCGAUUUGAUGCCAUUGAUGAAGUUACGGUGGCUCUGGCUCUCAAGGAUUCUUGCGGAAAUUCAAAGCAGGGGACUCAGUUUCAUAAGGCUUUUUGUAUCUUUGAGGGCUUAAAUAAUCCCGAUAUUGUUUCGUGGAAUACUCUGCUUUCGGGGUUUCAAAACAGUGAAGAAGCGUUGAAUUUUGUUCUGAGGAUGAAUUUGAAUGGCGUUGCUUUUGAUGCAAUAACUUGUACCACAGCUCUUUCUUUCUGUUUGGACCUUGAAGGCUUUUUUUUGGGGUUGCAGUUGCAUACUCUUGUGAUGAAGUCUGGAUUGGAUUGUGAGGUCUUUGUGGGAAACGCGCUUAUAACUAUGUAUUCAAGGUGGAAGCGUUUGGGGGAAGCUCAGAGGGUAUUCGAUGAGAUGCAGAAUAGAGAUUUAGUUUCGUGGAAUGCAAUGCUUUCAGGGUAUAGCCAGGAGAGUAGUUAUGGGUUGGAAGCAAUUUGGGUGUUUAUUGAAAUGGUGAGAAAAGGGAUGAAGCUUGACAAUGUAUCAUUUACUGGUGUGGUUUCAUCUUGUAGCCAUCAGAGGAACUUAGACGUUGGAAAACAAAUUCAUGGUUUGUGUAUAAAAAGAGGCUAUGGUACACAUGUAUCUGUUGGUAAUGUUUUGAUGUCAUUGUAUGCAAAGUGUGAGCUUAUUGAAGAUGCAAAAUUGGUAUUUGAAAGAAUGAAUGAGCGUAACGUGAUCUCAUGGACCACAAUGAUUUCCAUUGAUGAAAAGGAUGCUGUAUGCCUCUUUAAUGAAAUGAGAUUGGAUGAUGUUUAUCCAAAUGAUGUUACAUUCGUUGGAUUGAUCCAUGCCAUAACCACUAGGAAAUUAGUGGAAGAAGGUCAAAUGGUUCAUGCGUGUUGUUUAAAGGGUAACUUUUUGUCAGAAUCAAAUGUUUGCAAUAGCCUUAUUACCAUGUAUGCUAAGUUUGAGUUGGUACAAGACUCUAUUAAGGUUUUUGAGGAACUUGAAUGCAGAGAGAUUGUCUCAUGGAAUGCUUUAAUAUCCGGCUAUGCUCAAAAUGGAAAGUGCCUGGAAGCUUUGAGGAAAUUUCUAUCAGCAGUUACGGAAUGUAAGCCAAAUGAAUACACCUUCGGUAGUGUCUUGAACGCAAUUGGCUCUGCUGAAGAUAUAUCUCUAAAACAUGGUCAACAGUGCCACUCGCAUUUACUAAAGGUUGGAUUCAAUACUCAUCCAAUAGUGUCCAAUGCUCUCCUCGAUAUGUAUGCAAAGCGCGGGAAUAUUUCUGAGUCUCGAAAGGUUUUCAGUGAGAUUCCUCAGAGGAGCCAGUUUGCUUGGACAUCAAUUAUAUCCGCCCAUGCAAGGCAUGGAGACUAUGAUUCAGUGAUGACUUCAUUCAAAGAUAUGAAAGGGGACGGAGUCAAACCGGACUCAAUCACCUUUCUUUCCGUACUAACAGCUUGUGGCAGAAAUGGAAUGGUUGAUAUGGGUCGACAGCUCUUUGACUCAAUGCUGACAGAAUAUCAGAUUGAACCAUCCCCAGAGCAUUAUUCUUGUAUGGUAGAUUUGUUGGGCCGUGCAGGUAGAUUGAAGGAGGCAGAGAAACUGAUGGGUUGUAGUCCAGGAGGGCCAGGAUUGUCUAUGCUGCAAAGCUUGCUGGGGGCUUGCACGAUACAUGGAAAUGUAGAGAUGGGUGAGAGGGUAGCUGAUGCUUUGAUGGAGAUGGAGCCCAGUGAGUCGGGUCCAUAUGUGUUGAUGUCAAACUUGUAUGCUGAGAUGGGACAUUGGGAGAAGGUAGCGAAACUAAGGAAAAGGAUGAGACAGAGGGGAGUGAGGAAGGAAGUGGGGUUUAGUUGGGUGGAUGUCGGUGACAUCAACAGCUCUUUGUCUUUGCAUGGGUUCUCAUCAGGUGACAAGUCCCAUCCGCAGUCAGAGGAGAUUUGCAAAAUGGCAGAAUGCCUGGGAUUAGAAAUGAAACUUUUGAGAGAGAAGGGCAGACAGGAAGAUAUGGUAAUAAAAGCAUAACAAGUGAGCCAUUGGGGAUUCCUAUUGUACUUGUAGUAGUUCAAAAUAUUGAUUCUACUUCUAUUUUUCUUUGAAGAGAUUAUUUGGGAGGGUUAUUUAUUUGCAUGUUAAGCAGCUUCAGAGGCCGAAAUGGCCAAAACAUGUAAUCUAGAUCUAGCAUAAAAACGGAAUACAGAAAAUGUAACAUUUCUUUACUUGGAUGUUAUCAAUUCACUUCUGCUUCAUUUAACUCUCUUCCACCUCCACCUUACAACUGAAUGGAAACU